UUUCUAUUUCCUCUUUCUCAAGUUCUGUGGCUACAUUCGUUCCUCCGAUCGUCCACUUUUUCCUAUAUGAGAGUUUCGGAACUACUCGGUGCGGUUGUUCAGAGAUUAAUCCGUGUUCCAUACUAUCUGAUCACAACAAUUAUACUUUUGUUCAAUCAACUAGUUAAGCUUUAUUAUAUCUUGAACCCUUUCGGGACGAAUCAACGUAGUUCAAUGGCAUGGGGAAGCAUUUACAAGAGACGAAUGAAGGUUUUUACGUUGGCGUUUAUGAUAUACCUUGAUUAUAAGGCGGUGCAACAAAGAGAGAAAUUGACGAAGAGAUCUAAACGAGAUGGUUUGUGGGAGAAAGCACAUGAGCGGAAUGCUAAACGUGUGCUUAAGUGUAUAGUGGAAUUGGAAGGUUUGUGGGUGAAAUUGGGACAGUAUUUAUCUACUCGUGCGGAUGUGCUUCCUGAUGCAUACAUACGCCUUUUGAAACAGUUACAAGAUUCUCUUCCUCCUCGCCGUUUAGAAGAGGUUCGUCAAACUAUAGAGAAGCAGAUGGGUCAAUCAAUGGAUGAUUUGUUUAUAAAUUUUGCCGCUGUACCUUUAGCAACAGCUUCGAUAGCUCAAGUUCACCGUGCAACUCUACGUGACGGGCAGGAGGUGGUUGUUAAAGUUCAGCAUGAGGGCAUCAAAACAAUUAUCUUGGAGGACUUGAAGAAUGCAAAGUCAAUAGUCGACUGGAUAGCUUGGGCGGAACCCCAAUACGAUUUCAACCCUAUGAUAGAUGAAUGGUGCAAGGAAGCACCUAAAGAAUUAGAUUUUAACCAUGAAGCUGAAAAUACUAGAAAAGUCUCUAGAAAUCUAGGCUGCAAAAGUGAAGACCGUGACAAAAAACCUGAAGAUGUGGAAGUAUUGAUACCAGAAGUUAUUCAGUCUGCUGAGAAAGUCCUCAUUCUAGAGUAUAUGGACGGUGUACGUUUAAAUGAUUCUCAUGCCUUAGAAGAACUUGGUGUCGACAAACAAAAGCUUGUUGAAGAAAUUACACGCGCAUAUGCACAUCAAAUUUAUGUUGAUGGAUUUUUUAAUGGUGAUCCUCAUCCAGGUAAUUUUCUUGUUAGCAGAGAACCUCCCCAUCAUCCAAUUUUGCUCGAUUUUGGACUUACAAAGUUGCUUUCAAGCUCCGUGAAACAUGCCUUGGCAAAAAUGUUUCUGGCAGCUGCUGAGGGCGAUCAUGUGGCGCUUUUGUCUGCAUUCGCUGAAAUGGGGCUUAAGUUGCGCCUGGACAUGCCUGAACAGGCUAUGGAGGUUACAAAUGUGUUCUUUCGGGCGACUACUCCAGCAACCGAAGCCCUUGAAAAUGUUAAAACUUUGGCAGAGCAAAGAGCAAAAAAUCUGAAAGUGAUGCAGGAAAAGUUAAAACUUGACAAGAAAGAAGCUAAACGCUUCAAUCCUAUUGAUGCUUUUCCAGGAGACAUUGUCAUUUUCUCAAGAGUCCUUAAUCUGCUCAGAGGGCUUUCCUCCUCGAUGAAUGUUCGCAUAAGUUAUCUAAAUAUCAUGAGACCUUUUGCUGAAUCUGUUCUCAAAAGCGACAUGAACAAUGGACCAUCCUCGAAUGCAAGAUGGUUAUAUGACAGUCCAGUACAUUCUGAUGUAGAGGCAAAGCUGAGGCGCUACUUGGUUGAAUUAGGAAUUACGGAUAGAAUACUUGGAAUCCAGGUUUGUGCAUACAAAGACGGGCAAGUGAUUAUUGAUACUGCAGCUGGAGUGCUGGGGAAAUAUGAUCCUCGUCCAGUUCAGCUUGAUAGCUUAUUUCCUGUAUUUUCAGCAACUAAGGGUGUUACAGCGGGAAUGGUACAUUGGCUAGCUGAUAAAGGGAAACUGAAGCUUGAUGAAAACGUUGCAAACAUAUGGCCAGAGUUUGGUACAAACGGAAAAGAUGAAAUAAAGGUCAAUCAUAUACUUAAUCAUUCAGCUGGGCUGCACAACGCUCUAGCCAGCAUCUCUGAAGAAGAUCCAAUGUUAUUUUGUGAUUGGGAUGAGUGCCUAAAACGCAUUGCUAUGGUUGAACCUGAGACUGAACCUGGUCGUGAACAGUUAUAUCAUUACAUGUCAUAUGGUUGGCUAUGUGGUGGAAUCAUUGAGCAUGCAUCUGGGAAGAAGUUUCAGGACAUUCUUGAGGAAACUUUUGUUCGCCCACUUAAUGUUGAAGGCGAGCUUUAUAUAGGGAUUCCUCCUGGUGUGGAAUCUCGACUUGCAACUCUCACAAUCGAUAUGAAUGAUCUUAGUAGGCUACCCCCACAAGCUGAAAUCACAAGGAGCAGCUCGGUCGCCACCACCUUGCCUUCAUCAUUUAAUUUUAGCAUGGUUGCAGGCGCUACUCCGUUAUUUAACACCCUCAAUGUUCGCCGUUCAAUCCUACCUGCCGCCAAUGGACACUUCUCUGCUCGUGCAUUGGCACGCUACUAUGCUGCCCUUGUGGACGGCGGUAUUGUCCCUCCCCGCCAUCCCUCUUCCUUGGUACCACUUGGAAGCCACCCUCACCGCCCCUUGUUUCCUUCCAAGAAAAACUCUGCUAACCGGAGAGAUGGAAUAAAAAAAGAAUCAAACGGAUCCACCAGCCCAAAAUCUGAUCUUUACAUCAGAAUACCGGAAAUGGACGAUACAAGUGAUGAAGUUGACACUAAAAUCUUUACAAACCCUAAAGUGAAACUUCACGAUGCCUUUUUGGGACGUGGAGAUUAUAAGGAUUUGAUCAUACCAGACGGGAGAUUUGGGCUGGGCUUUAAAAGGGUUAACACAACUGAUGGCUCUGUAAUAGGGUUUGGUCACUCUGGAUUAGGUGGAUCUACAGGAUACUGCGACAUAAACAAUAGGUUUGCAAUUGCUGUGACCCUAAACAAAUUGUCUUUUGGUGCUUUGACUGGGGAGAUCAUCCGGUUUGUUUGCUCAGAACUUGGGCUUCCUGUACCACAAGACUACGCCGGAUCUAGGGAAUUCGCUGAGAAACCAGUUAUUAAUUGAAGGGGCUUUAAGCUAAACCUAUUUAUACAUUACAACCAUGAGGGUAAAACUUUAUACAUGUAACAUCUUUAAACGUUUUUGAGUUGAAAUUGUCUAGGGCUCUAGGGAGCUAUACAUCUAUUGUAAAUUGAACAUAUAAGGCUAUGUCUUCCUUGCUGUCUACUUGUUAUGUCUGUAACUAAUUAUUGUAGUUGUGAUUAACACGAUCGGAAUAUGUAAAGUUGUAAAAUUUUGGUUUAACACAAAACGAUUCGGUUAUUGAUUUGUUUA